CCCUCCCUCUCUCUCAGAUAUGUUCAUCAUGCUCCAAAAUCCACCAUGACUCACUACCAGAACUUGCUCUUCCUCAUUUCCAGUCAAAAUUAUACACAGACGAACACGAAACUCAAAUAGAAUGCAUUUAUAACAUCAUCAUCAGCAACGAAGUAAACUUUACAAAACAAUCCUGAGAUUGUAUUUUGUUUGCUGUUGGCAGUGGCGUGUUCAGGGAGUGGCCUAGGGUGGCACGGUCGAAUAGAUUUGACUUCCUGUAAGUAGAAGAGAAGGUAUGAGGAUAUAAUGUGUAUUAUCGGCAUAGCACAGCUAUGCUGUCAGAUGUCUGAGAAAAAACUAGUCAAACUGGAAAGUUUUCGGACACAGAGAAAGAUGGGGGGAGGGAGAAAGAGACAGAGAAGCACAAGCGUUUAUAGAGACGCGCGCGCGUGCGCAUACAACCCUAAAUCGUAGACACAAUCUUCUCCAAUCAGAGGUUCAACUCUGCACCAUGUGGCUCUCACUCCGGAAUAUCAACAAACGGUAAAGUUCGACCACCGAGCAACUAGUUAAGUUUUUCAUGUCAGACCCUAUGGUUACACCGAUGCUCCACCUCAAUGUCUAAACGUUUUUUCAUAUUCGUAAUGAAGUCUGCGUUGUUCUGUGUGUUGGUGCCUUUCUUGGUUUGUGUAGCUGUAGUGAACAUCGGUGUCUUCGACCGCGUUCUAGUGGACAUAUCCUAUGAUCACUACGCAGAAAAAACGGUUGACUUCUUGCCUAGUUUCUUGGCAAUGCCUUUCAACUCUCUGAUAAACGUGGGAUAUAUUUACAUGGGAUUGUACUGGCUAUUUCAACGGACAAAGGACAAAGGUGACACCGAUGCUUCGCUUUAUGUCAAAGACGUCUUCGCUUUCAUGGCCAUUUUUUACGCACCUGUACAGUGGGUCCGCCUAGCGACGCUGGGCCGUGUACCCGCCGUGUUGGAUCAAUGGUUCACUCUACCGAUUUUUGCCUGGGUACCUGUGUGGUGCCAUUUCAUAGAGCACGGUUGGCGGCCACGCAUCGCUGCAACUGUCGAACUUUGCUCCAUCUUCAGCUAUGCCUUCGCUUUGGCACACGAUUUGGGAUUUGAGGUGGCACUCGCGUGCCAUGUCGUAUUUGCCCUUUACAAAGGCGCCAGUGUCCAUCUCAAAUACGGAGACUCACUAUCCCGGUGGUACCUGGGUCUUGCUUCACUGUCUUGUUGUGGGUUCGUGAUUCUCAAGCUCUUGGAUCACACCCUAGCGCAAUACCGACCGUUCCAACACCUGACGGGGCACUUCUGGUCCAAAGUGUGUGACAUUUUACAGUUCCACUAUAGCUUCUGCUUUCUCACACACCUGGCACGGUCAGCAGCGCGGAAACGGACAUCUAAAAGUAACUGAAUUACCAGGACAGAAGGAUCUUGCCAAUCUGCGAUUGUAAAUUUAAAGUUUCCAGGUUGUUGUACAACAGAAGUUUGCUUAAUAUAAUACACAACUGUCUUGUUUGCUGUAACAGCUGGACAUGUAGCCUUACGGUUAAGUGCGGCAUGUGAUUUCAUGAGCGAAUUCAUUUUUGAAAAAUCUCACGAAACGAUGAAAAUAUAAAUGACUGCUCGUUUCAACCAAAUAAAACAAGUUUGCAUUUCAAUCUUUAUUGAUUAACAGAUGUUAAUAAUUGUUUCAAACCCAUGCUUGGUAUGAAAUAUUGUGGGUUUAUCCUAUAUGGUGCUACACUGAAAUGAAACAACAUUAAACCAUUGCUU